AUGGCUGAGAAAGCAGCUACCAACAAGGUGCACUGCACCUACCCUCUCUGCAAGUUGGUUUUCAAAUCGGAAGGAGAAAUGAAGCAGCACAAGACCUUUGACAAUGAGCACGAAUAUUGCGCCCAGUGCGAUGAAGACUUCGAAGACGAGGAGCGCCUUCUGAUCCACAAGAUCAAAAGUGUAAAGCAUAUCGUCUGUCCUGUUUGCGGUAUCGAGUUUCGCAGCGAUGGUGGCCGCAACGCCCACAUUCGUCAGAACCACCAAUCCCAGCAGAUUAUCCCUUGCCACGGUUGCAAGGCUACGUUCAAAUCUGCCAGCGGUCUGAUGGCUCAUAUCGAGAAGGAUGAAUGUUCCACCAUCCGUCACGUCCAUCUCCUCCAGGAGCAGUCUAAGAAGAUGAUGAUCAGGGAGGCCUUGGAUGCCGGUGAAGGAAUGUCAUUGCCAAUUAUCCCUCCUCAGGGUACCCUAGAGGAUGCCGACUACGAUGAUACUGAUGGUGGAGUCAUGCUUAAAACCGGUCAGGCGGCAAGUCGUGCAAUGUCGAACAGAGAAGCUCUCAGCAACCAGCCGAAGCCUGGCCAGGACGAUCCCACUGCUAGUGUUUCGGCGAUGCUUGCUCUGAAGCACUGGCCGGCUUUGGGUGCAAAUGCUACCAAGGGAACCAGUGUUGCGCCUAGUGAUCUGUUGGCUUUCUCCGAGCUGAGCAUCUCCACCGCCACAGGCAAAGACAACAAGUCGUGGAAGGGAAAGGAGCCUGUCAGAUCGACAACCAAUGCCGUGUCGUCGCAACGUCCAUUCGGCAUUGGAACACUUCCCCCCGGAGACACACUUCGCAUGCUUGACCGCGCAUGGGACGCGACAAAGUUCUUUGAUUCAUUCACCGGCCAAUACAUUUGUCCCUGUAAGAGGAGCUUUGCCACCAUGGCCGAAUUUGAGAACCAUGUGCUCAGGAAGAGUCGCAUGAUGGAAGACAGACAGUGUCCCGGAUGCCUCCGCUUCUUCAAAACUACCGCUGCUUUAGUCGCGCACCUCGAAUCGCCAAGCACUCGUUGCAACCUCAGCGACGGUGAGAGAUACGGUCAGAUAUUCGAGGAGAUCACUGGCGGACUUAUCCAGACGGCGGGAUAUGCUGAAGAUGGCACGGUCAAGUAUGAGGCUGGGAAGCUGGAAAUAGCGGAUGGGUCUGAGCCUGGUACCACCACCAUUGGUACGGACCUGCGUCUCCGUCCUCAGCGCCGGGAGUUUUAG